AUGAGUGUAAGUAACUUCGAGGAUGCACUUAACAGUUCCUCCAAAUCAGUGCUUUUUAGCCCAAGCAUACCGCAGUUCGAAUGGGACCUAAAGCAAACACUUUCGCUUCAGCUCACCAUUGGCGCAACAGCCGUUGCUUGUCCAUGGAUCAUCUCUCUAAACAUGUUAGUGAUCUCAGCGACCAAGAAAGUAGGAGAGCUAAAAAAAAAUCUGAUAUUCUGAUUGCUAAUUUGGCCGUGACUGAUCUUUUAGUUGGCGCAGUUUCUAUGCCACUUUAAAUCGCUGUAGAUGCGCUUAUUCUUCGAGGAACUGUAUCACCAGCAUUAUCUAUUUUCUGAGUGAAAUCGGUGUCUCUUUUCUUAUCACUUUAUAUACUAUCUCCUAUCAUCAUUUAUUGCUGAUAGCUUGGGAGAGGUAUGUGGCGAUAGUUAAAUGGACAGAAUACAAAGUGUUAGUCACACAAGGACGCUUAAAGAAGUACACUGUGAUCGCUUGGAUGGACAGCGUCACAAAAGUUGCCUUAUAGCAAGCAUUAGUUUUCACUGAAGUUUCUCAUGAGGUUCUAUUUGCGGUGGAUCUUGUGAUUAACCUCGGCCGACUCACUGAAACGUUAACGGUGGUAUAUUUUUAUAGCAUGCUUUAUAUUGAG